GUUCGAAAGAAGAAGUUGCUGGGGUAUCCGGCGGUGAUCCGCCAUGGGGUCGGGGUUCUUCAAGUUCUGCAUGCAGUGUUGCUGCUGCUGCUCUGCCGACGACGACGGCGAUGCCGACGAGAAGCAGGCCUUAGUCGGGGCUGCGGAUCCGCUGGAUUAUUUCAGCCGCGAAGUGCAGAAGCGUCGCGACGAGGAGGCCAACCUGUGGAGCGAGCCGGGGGACCCGAGCCACACUGAACGGGAUGACGACCGGACCCUUUACUCACUGCUGCAGGCCCGCAACAAGACCCGCAUGGGAUCCACGGGCUACCGCCGCUUGAGCGUGGACAUCGAGGCCAUGCGGGACACGCGGAGGGAAGUCCGCGAUAAGUGGAAAACCAUCUUGGAGAACCUUGGGUUCAUGGCUGAGGCCGACUCGCUUUUGAACGUGUCGGCCGGGGCCUCGCUGGACCGCAUGCGCAACGCCGCCGCCGCGCGCUCCCUGCUGCAAACGCUCCACUCCGAGACGUCGCUCUUCAGCAGCAGGGAACCGCCGCCGGAGCGAUACCUCUUCAUCCUGGAUCGCUUGCUGUACCUGGACAUCGCCGAAGACUUCAUGUCCAAGGCCAAGCGCUUCUACCCGCCCCGGGACGACUCGGACGAGGACGGGCCGCUGGGCGCCAUCAACCUGCCGCUGCUGCUGGCCCGCGUGGAGGCCAUGAACGGCUGCCCCGACGACGACAGCGUGGAGAGCGUCGACAGGUCCUGAACGGCCGCGGCGGCUCCGGACCCCCCGGCGGGGGGCGGCAGGCGACGAGGUUAGCCGUCCUCCGCGAGCUUGAAGAGAAGCGUCACGUGACUAGACAACGAGUUUCCUAUCCAGACUGCUGACUCACUUAAGUAUGUCCGGAGAAUGAGCGAGCGGUCGGUCGGGUGUUUGCGCCAACCCCCCUUCUCCCCCCUCCCCUCCGGUCACGCUUCUCUCUGUACGAAUCCUGUCGAGAAUGAUACCGAAUAAAAGUCGCAAGCCUGCGGACUCCCAUCAUGAGUCCGCGUCACAUGUUGUCAGCGGGUUAUUUGAAGUACAGCUGAGUGCACUGAAGGAAGAUUUUUCUGGCACGGGACACGGUGUGCUCGCCGCUCCGCGAGGCAUGCGUCAAAUCCCGGGGGGGCCUGGCGCGGGGCGUCGUUUGGUGUCUUGAGGUCUCGCCAGGGGGGGAGCUGGACCCUGUUCUGUUGCUCAGCUGCUGCUUGUUUUUGUUUGAGUUUGAGACGCAAAUAUUUCCUCAAGGUCAUAUUUGUGCUGCA